CCAAACUUUUCUUUUCCUCUGCAAGUCGACGAGUCUCUGAUGCCGCUCCCCUACGACCUCUGCGCGCGUCUCCCAAAUGCGUUCCGCGCGCGACACCGCUUCGUAGCCGUCGACCAUUCCACGCAGAAUCUCGGAAUCCUUUCCAUCCUAUUUCGUGCCGGUUUUCUCAGUAACAUCACUCGUGGGACCAUCUCAGCCCCUUCACCAUCCGAUUUCGAACGCGUCGGCGAAGCACAGCGGCGGAUAUGGGCAGAACUCAAAUACCGUGACGACAGACCUGUUCUCUCACAUAUGAGCCUCAUUAGCAUGCCUAGCCGGCGCGUCUUCAUGGACCUUGGCGAAAUAAGAAGGAUAUGUAGUGGUCGGAGAGCGCAGACGAUAAAACCUUUGGGAAUGGGAGAGAUUGCGGUGGUUCGGACGAAGAAGAAGGAACAUGAGUGGCUGGAGGCUAAGGAGGCGUUGCUGUUGGGCAUUCCCGGAGAAGUGGUUUGCAGGGCACGGUGAAUAUUGCCGCUGUACGCCUAUUCUUUCACACUUAUUCAUAUAUCAUACAUAUUAUCCGCUUCCCGUUCGG